AUGACCCGGGACAGCCCGGGCGGGGGCCCACCCCCGGGGGGCCGGCUGUCUCCCCGCAAGGCCCCGGCGCCGCCCGCCGGCAGCCAGGCCCAGCACGACGAGCACAAGCGGGAGCUGGAGGCGCUGCGGGCCCAGCUGGACGGGGAGCGGCUGCGCUCGCAGGAGAGCCGACGCCGCUUCGCCGCCGAGGCCCGCGAGCUGCGGGAGGCGGCUGAGCGCGACCGCCAGCUGCUGGCCGACCAGCUCCGCUCCAAGUGGGAGCAGCAGCGGGCCCGGGAGCUGCACCAGCUGCGGGAGCUGAGCCUGCGGGAGCGGGAGGCCGAGAUCCGCCAGCUCAUCCGCUGGAAGGACGCCGAGCUGCGCCAGGCCCAGGAGCUGCUCCAGCGGGAGCGGGACGCCGCCGUGCGGCAGGCCCGGGACCUGCAGCGGCAGCUGGCCGAGGAGCUGGUGAGCCGGGGCUACAGCAGCACCCGGGGCUGCACCGCGGGGCUGAGCAGCGAAUGCCGCGGCAAGCUGCAGGAGGUGCUGGGCAAGCUGCGCUGGGAGACCGAUGGCGACCAGGCCGCCCGCAUCCGCCACCUCAGGGCCGAGCUGGAGCUGGAGCGGAGCCUCUUCCUCAAGUACAUCCUGGAGCGGUUCGAGGGCGAGCAGCAGCCCGCCGGCUGCCCGCACAGGGCCAGGCACGGCCCGCAGCCCCGCCUCAGCAGGAGCCUCCUGGAUGGGCCGAGGCCCCGCUCCUUGGAAAGCCUCAUCGCCGCCGCCUCCCCGGAUGGGGGAGCCGCCAGGUCUCGCUCGCUGGACAGCAGCCUAGCCAAGCCCGAGUCUUCGCAGGCAGGGCACCAGGCCCCGCUGGAGGGGAGCCCCCCGCUGAGCCCCUGCCCGGAGCAGCCGGCCCAAAAGGCCUUAGAAGAAGAUGCCCACCCGCAAGAAGGAGCUGCCAAGGAGCUUCCCCUGAAGCCCACCAGUAAGGAGGGUCCCCUGGGGUGCUUGGACUCGCCUCCUGAAGGGAAGAUGGGCAGCUGGGGGUCUGCAGGAGAGGGUGGCACCCAGGCAGUGGGGCAGCAGCAGGAGUGGCUCUCUGGCAGCAGUUACAGCCAGCUGGUGAGGCAGAACACCGACCUGCUAAGUGCCCUGGAGGAUCUAGAGCGGCGAUGCACAGCCCUUAAGGAAGAGAACGGCCUUCUGAGGAGGAGCAGCUUCCCCGAGAUGCAGGAGAAGGUGAAGCGGCUCAAGAGGAAAAAUGCAGAUCUGGCCAUCAUUGCCAAGCGAUUGGAGGAAAGAGCCAGGAAACUCCAGGAGUCCAACCUCAAGGUGGUCAAUGCUCCAAUACCCCUAUCCCUCAAAGGCUCCAAUGUGGAACUGUGCAAGAAAGCAUUUGCCCGGCAGCGGGCUAAAGACCUGAGCGAACAAGCUAGCAUCCUUCUGGCCAAAGACAAACAGAUAGAAGCCUUGCAGAGAGAGUGUUGGGAGCUGCAGGCCAAACUGGCCACAGGCAAGGAGGGCUCAUUCUGGCUCAAUUUAAGUGACUUUGAUCGUUUGUUGCGGGAGUCUCAGAAAGAAGUGUUACGAUUACAGAGACAGAUCACACUGAAGAACCUGAAAGAGUCUCUACAAUCCUCCAAAAUGGGUCCAGACAGUUCUUCUCCAGCUGCUACCAUGUGCCUAAUACAGGAAACACUUGCACCAAACAUUGAUGCAAGCUUAGAUGGUUCAUCUUUGCCAAAACAGACACCACCAGGAUCAAUCACUUUGGCAAAGGAUAUUAAGCCAGUAGCACUACCUCUGGGAAAUGUGUCUGAGGAACAUGAAAACAUCCCUUUAAAAACAGACCCAGACAGCAAAAAUCAAAUACAGCAUUUGGAAAUAGAGCUUAGUAAGAAAUUUAAGCAGUGUGAAACCCUUGAACAAGAAAUGGAGAAAAAGCAGAAAAAAUGUGAAGAGUUGGAAAUGCAGCUUCAGGAGGUGCUGACUAAAAAUGCCAGAAUGACUGAGAAAAAUGCUCAACUCAGUGGGGAAACUAAAUGGACAGAAAAGGUUGAAUCUGAAAAUGCUGACCUGAAGGUAAAAUUAAUGGGAGUGACAGAGGAGUGGAAUUCUGCUGUCCAGUUGACCAAAGGACUUCAAACCAAGGUGGACGAUUUAGAGCAUGUACUGAAGGACAUGAAAGAAAUGGCAGAGAGAAGGCAACAGCUGGAGGUUGACCAUGAGGAAACACUGUUAGCACUGCAGAAGAAAGAAGAGGAGGUCAAAUAUUUGCAGCAGGCCCAGGUAGAAGCAAAAAGGGAACAUGAAGAGGUAGUACAGCUAUUAGAAGCCCAGGUGAGAGAAUUGGAGAAUCAGUAUCACAGUCAAACUGAACAUUUUAAUCUUCUGUCUCAGGAACUCGAACAAUUACAAAUAAAAAAUUCUGACCUUGUGACUUCAGACUUGCCACACGCUACGUGCUGUUCCUCAGAAGAUUGCCAUGUUCCUCAGUGCAGUAAGAAUAUUAAUGAUGUAGACUUUGUAUCCACUCCUGCUGCUUUUAAGAAGCAAAGCAAGAAACUGGAGUUCCAGUCAAACUCCUCAAAAUCAGAAUCCACACAGUACAGUCCUAAGUCCUGCCCCACUCCAGAGGGGGAUAGUGCAAGUGAGAUGGAUGAAUUGGAGACAGACAAAUUUUCCCUAAUCUUGGAGCCUGAGAGACAAGGUCCUGCAAAACUUCAAGUGUUUUUAGCUCGAUACAGCUAUGACCCUUUUGAUGGUCCUAAUAAGAACCCUGAGGCAGAGCUUCCACUGACAGCUGGAGAAUACAUUUAUAUCUAUGGAGAGAUGGAUGAGGAUGGCUUCUUCGAAGGAGAGCUGAUGGAUGGCAGAAGAGGGCUGGUUCCCUCUAAUUUGAUAGAAGAAGUUUCAGAUGAUGACCUCAUGACCUUUGUGCCUCCAAAGACAAGUGACGUCUCCCAUACUUCAGAUCAUGAAAUGAGUUUCCUCAGCAGAAGUGCUAGUAGUGGAGAAAAGAGUGAUUGCCAUGAUGAAGAAAUCAGUGUCAAUCUAUUGCCUAGUAGAUUAGAAGGAGACAUGGAAAUGCCUGAUCAUACAGCGGUGCCUUAUCCAAGAAAUUUGACUAUAAUCAAACUGUUUGCAAGAAGUGUUGUUAUAGGCUGGGAGUCACCACUCAUGCCAGCUGGCUGGGGAGAUGUGCAGAGCUAUAACAUAUAUGUAGAUACAGAACUUUGCCAAAAUGUGAGGUCUGGUUGUCAGACUCAAGCAGCAAUUGAGAAUCUGGAUUUAAAGAUUAAGGCAUAUCGGAUCUCGGUACAAAGUGUGACAGAGAAGGGAAACUCGGAUAAGAUGCAAUGUACCUUCCUUGUAGGGCAUGGUUUCCAUAUAGCACCAGCACUUCUGAAACUUAGGAGCAUCACUGCCACUUCAGCAGAGGUCACCUGGUUACCAAGCAGUAGCAACUACACUCAUGCAGUGUACCUUAAUGAGAAGGAGUGUGAUGUGACAAAGGCAGGGAUCUACUGGUACACUUUCCAUAACCUGCAACCCAACACUCAAUACAAUGCAAAAGUGGAAACACAGCCUCAGAAGACGGUAUGGGAUUUGCCUCAAGAGAAAUGGGAGCAGAAAUCAGCAAUGAUUAAGUUCAUUACUCCAUCAGCGGGACCACCUGAUGCUCCACUUGAUGUCCAAGUACAGCCUGAUCCCUCAGCAGGCAUUCUAGUUAUCAGCUGGCUACCAGUGACAAUUGAUGCAGCAGGAUCAUCCAAUGGGGUACGAGUUACUGGUUAUGCUGUGUAUGUCAAUGGACAAAGAGUAACAGAAGUUAUAUCUCCAACAGCUGGGAAUGCCAUAGUAGAACUGUCCCAGUUAGAGAUUCUACAAGGAUCUCAGAAGGUUUCUGUGAGAACUGUCUCCCCCAAUGGAGAGUCAGUUGAUUCUGUGCCAGCUCUGAUUCCCUCAGCCAUGUUGAAUGUUCCCAGUUGUUGUUCAUCAUCAAAGUCUAUGUCUACCAGCCUGACCUCUGAAUUACUCUAUGGGGAAUUCAUAGACUCUCCGCAUGUGGAAAUCCCUUUGAUGCACUGCACAUCUUCACCCUCUUCAGAGAUGUUCAUGGCCAGUCAAGAUAACAAAUUCACCAUUCACUUCACCUCCAACUGCGGAGACUCAGUAGCUUCUCUGCCAGCAAGCAUCCCCCCACACCAGUUGUUCUCCUCUCAGAGUUCUUCUUUGAUACAUGAGCUUGCAAUGUGCAACAUUGGUGAUAACGUAGCAAGAGAUAAAGAUGAUAAAUGUUUAAAGUCUUAUCAGCAGACAGCAGUCAGUGUGCAACCUUCAGGCCUUGUCUUUCCAACUAGAUGGUGUGAAGAAUCAGUCAAUUCCAGGAUGUCAUCAUUAAAAGAACUUGCUGAAGACAGCCAGAGAAAGAGGAUAAAAAAGCUCUUUGUUACUAAAAAAGCUGUGCUUGAAAAUCAAAUGGACACUAGCAACAUGAAAAUGUCUAUGAUCACCCACUAUGUGCACUCUGACGACAAGUCUGUGAAAGAUUCAACCACUCAAGAUAUUGAGGGAUAUGAUGCGAGCUGCUUGAGUUCUGGGCCUCAGCUGUGUUCUAGUCAGCUUGAAUUGGAGGACAGUUACAGAGACAUAGGUAUACAUAAUAUCUGUGUUCAGGAAGUCCCAGAUAUUUCCACUGAGAAGAAACAGACGAAAGAAUUAUCCAAAGAAGUCCCCAGCCUCGGGAUGUCUAGAGGUGAAAUACAGGAAGACCAAACAUCAAGAAUAGAAAACUGGCAAUUGAAUCCUGUUGGUGACCACAGCCACAGUUCUGAUCUUUCAGAUAUUUUGGAAGAGGAAGAAGAGGACCUGGAUUUAGAUACGCAGGAAGAGAAUAGAAUAAAGGUGGUUGGUAAUGAUUCCAGGCUGCCGGAGCUUCCAGAGUUUCCCAUGCAGUGGGCUCAAAACAGAAAAAUGAGCAAGACUUUAAGAAUAGGUCAAGCAGGGACAUCUUCAUUUUCCAAAGCAGGCCCUCUGAGAAGCUUCGUCUCAGAGGAAAUAAUUAAUGAUGAUUCAGUAAGGAUAUUUGUGGCCCUUUUUGACUAUGAUCCCAUAUCUAUGUCACCUAAUCUUGAUGCAGCUGAAGAGGAGCUCCCAUUUAAAAAGGGGCAGAUUCUAAAGGUGGUUGGUGAUAAAGAUGCUGAUGGCUUUUACAGAGGUGAAUAUGCAGGAAGGGUAGGGUAUAUUCCCUAUAAUAUGGUGUCUGAAGUGCAGGUGGAGAGUAAUGAAAUGAAACAGCACCUGUUAAAACAAGGUUCCAUUAUUGAUGAAAAAUCUGUGAUUAACUUAGUGGAGGUGGAUACAAAGAAUAACAAUAAGUCUCACACAGAACAUAGCUGGCAGGAUAGCAAGGCUGAACAGCUUACUUCUAAGACAAUGGUGGCUGUCUUUGACUACAACCCAAGGGAGAACUCAUUAAAUGUAGAUGUGGAAAGUGAGCUGACAUUUAAUGCUGGAGACAUCAUCACAGUAUUUGGGUGUGUGGAUGAUGAUGGAUUCUACUAUGGGGAGUUAAAUGGACAGAGAGGCCUUAUCCCGUCUGACUUUCUAAAAGCUAUCUCUUGGGAUGAAGAGUAA